GGCAGGGUUUGUUUGAAGUCGCCCUCUCUCUCUCUCUCUCUCUGUGUGUGUGUGUGUGUUUCCAGACGUGACACAGUGUGUUUUGGUGUGAGUGGAACUGCGGGCUCCUCUUCCACUCUCUGCGUGAAACAGCGCUGCUGUGGGCGUUUCCUGCGCAGACAGCGGGGCGUGUUGUUACUCAACUUCUGGAAGUGCAGUGUCAGUUUGUUGUGAGAUCUGAGCUCAGACACAGUGAGAAGGAGAGGAGAGAAGGAAGGAACCAAGGAACCAAGGAAGGAAGGAAUGCGCGGAUUUCGCUCCUGCGCGUUUUUGUCGUGACUUCGUGUGCACACCCCACGGCAGACAUGCAAGAUCGCGUGGAGCUGCAGCCUAGCAUCUAGCCAACACAGUGUUGUUUACCUGCGUGUAAACGGCGGGUGCAUGUGAGUGUGUGUGUGUGUGUGUGUGUGUGCGUGCAGAGGCUACAUGGGUAACCGCCGCCGCCGUGCGUAAUCCUGCCUCUCUGCCUCUCUCCAUGGAGGAGCCGCUCAUCACAAACCCACACUUCCACGCGCUGAGUGACACUUAGAAACACGAUGAGCCAGGACCAGGACGGGAUUUCCUUACAGGUGCCCUGCUUUGCUGCGUCUUGUCCCGGCAAAGAGAGCUCCCACGGUAGUGACAGCAGUGGCGGUGCUGGAGGUGGCGGGGCCCCAGCUGGGGUGCCCGCGGCAGGGACUUUCUGGCAUGACUCCAUGGUGGGCAGCAGCAGCAGCGGCGGUGGUGGUGGUGGCGGCGGUGGUGCCGGCAGUGGGUACAGCCACUUACCCGGGGGGACCUGCCCGCUGGACUCUGGGGGGCUGCUGUCCACCGGGAAGGGAAGCAAAAGCCGACCGGUGACCGUCGCCUACGUGGUGAACGGCGAGGCGGGUCAGCAGAGCAACUCGGAGAGCAUGGCCCUGCAGUGUCUGAAGGACGCGUGCGACACGGUGGGCAGCAAACUGGAGACGGUCCACUUUAGUAAACUGGAUUUUGGGGAGACCACAGUGCUGGACAGCUUCUACAACGCGGACCUCGCUGUGGUGGAGAUGACGGACGCUUUCCGCCAGCCUUCGCUCUUCUACCACCUGGGAGUCAGAGAGAGCUUCAGCAUGGCCAACAACAUCAUCCUGUUCUGCGACACUAACUCCGAGUCCCUCCAGUCCCUGCAGGAGAUAAUUUGCCAAAAGAACACUACGUGCUCUGCCAAUUACACCUUCAUCCCGUACAUGGUGACGCCUCACAACAAGGUGUACUGCUGCGAGAGCAGCCUGAUGAAGGGCCUGACCGAGCUGAUGCAGCCCAGCUUCGAGAUGCUGCUGGGGCCCAUCUGCAUGCCUCUGCUGGACCGCUUCAUCCAGCUGCUCAAAGUCUCACAGGCCAACUCCCACCAGUAUUUUCGUGAGACGAUCCUGAGCGAGAUCCGUAAAGCUCGGGAGCUGUACACUGGCAUGGAGCUGGCUGCCGAGCUGAACCGGAUCCAGCAGCGGCUGGACAACGUAGAGUGCCUUUCAGUCGACAUCGUCAUCAACCUGCUGCUGACGUACAGGGACAUCCAGGAUUACGAGUCCAUCGUGAAGCUGGUGGAGACGCUGGAGAAGCUCCCGACGUUUGACCUCGUGGCUCACCCUCACGUGAAGUUCCACUACGCCUUUGCACUGAAUCGGAGGAACCUGCCAGGUGACCGACAGAAAGCCCUGGACAUCAUGCUGCCCCUGGUGGAGGAUGAGGAGAACGUGGCCUCAGACAUCUACUGCCUGGUGGGACGGAUCUAUAAAGACAUGUUCCUGGAGUCUCACUUCACCGAUACGCAGAGCAGAGACAACGGAGCACUCUGGUUUAAAAAGGGCUUUGAGUCGGAGCCAACGCUGCACUCGGGGAUCAACUACGCCGUGCUACUCCUGGCAGCCGGACACCAGUUUGACACGUCCUUUGAGCUCCGCAAAGUGGGGGUGAAGCUGAGCAGCCUCCUGGGUAAAAAGGGCAGCCUGGAUAAGCUGCAGAGCUACUGGGAUGUGGGCUUCUUCCUGGGCGCCAGCAUCCUGGCCUGCGACAACACCCGGGUCAUCCAGGCCUCCGAGAAACUCUUCAAACUCAAAGCCCCCAUCUGGUACCUGCGCUCGUUGGUGGAAACCAUUUUGAUUUACCAGCACUUUAAGAAGCCCGGUACAGAGCAGGCGGCGCCCAAACAGGAGCUGGUGGAUUUCUGGAUGGACUUCAUGGUGGAGGCGACCAAGAAGGACGUGUCCUCUGUCCGAUUCCCGGUGUUAAUACUGGAACCCACAAAAGUCUACCUGCCUUCGUAUUUGUCCAUCAACAAAGACGUGGAUGACAACACGGUGUCCAUCUGGCACGUCGCUCCCGACGACGAGAACAAAGGAAUUCACGAGUGGAACUUCUGCGCCACGUCGGUACGAGGUGUCAGCAUCUCCAAGUUUGACGAGCGCAGCGCCUUCCUCUACGUGCUGCACAAUGCCGACGACUUCCAGAUCUACUUCUGCACGGAGAUGCACUGUAAAAGAUUCUGUGACCUGGUCAACAGCAUCACUGAGGAGAGUUGGAAAGGUCCAGAGGAGGGAGAGUGUGACUCUGACACCUUAGAGUACGACUACGAGUAUGACGAGCUCGGAGAGCGGGUGGUUCUGGGGAAGGGCACGUUCGGCGUGGUGUACGCGGGCCGAGACCUCAGCAACCAGGUCCGACUCGCCAUCAAAGAAAUCCCUGAGAAAGACAGCAGGUACUCUCAGCCACUGCACGAGGAGAUCGCUCUCCACAAACACUUGAAGCACAAGAACAUCGUCCAGUACCUCGGCUCCAUCAGCGAGAACGGCUUCAUCAAGAUCUUCAUGGAGCAGGUUCCUGGAGGGAGUCUGUCUGCGCUGCUGAGGUCAAAGUGGGGGCCGCUGAAGAACAACGAACCCACCAUCGGCUUCUACACGCGGCAGAUCCUGGAGGGACUCAAGUACCUGCACGACAACCAGAUCGCACACAGGGACAUCAAAGGUGAUAAUGUUCUCAUCAACACCUACAGCGGCGUCCUGAAGAUAUCAGACUUUGGCACGUCGAAGAGGUUGGCUGGGAUCAACCCCUGCACGGAGACGUUCACAGGGACGCUGCAGUACAUGGCUCCCGAAAUCAUAGACAAGGGUCCUCGGGGAUACGGCAAACCAGCGGACAUCUGGUCCCUCGGCUGCACCAUCAUAGAAAUGGCGACCGGCAAACCGCCGUUCUACGAGCUGGGGGAACCGCAGGCCGCCAUGUUCAAGGUGGGCAUGUUUAAGAUCCACCCAGAGAUCCCGGAGUCCAUGUCGCUGGAGGCCAAAGCCUUCAUCCUGCGCUGCUUUGAGCCCGACCCCGACCGCAGAGCCACCGCACUGGACCUGCUCACUGACGAGUUCCUCACGGUCACCAGCCGCAAGAAGAAGAGCAAGGGCAGCUUCACAGCUCUGUCACCAGGGACAGAGUACAUCCGCAGUAUCUCUCUGCCGGUGCCGGUGGUGGUGGAGGACACGAGCAGCAGCAGCGAGUACGGCUCCGUCUCCCCUGACAACGACCUCAACACCAACCCCUUCAUCUUCAAGCCCAGCAUCAAGUGCUACAGCGAGAAGGAUGUCAAAGGGCCCAGGUCACUCUUUCUCAGCAUUCCGGUGGAGAACUUCGAGGACCACAGCGCUCCGCCGUCCCCCGACGAGAAGGACUCGGGCUUCUUCAUGCUUCGGAAGGACAGCGAGAGACGAGCCACGCUGCACCACAUCCUGACAGAGGACGGGGACAAGGUGGUGGCCAACCUGAUGGAGGCGCUCACACAGGGCUCGGAGGAGACGAAGCUGAAGCCUCAGCUCAUCUCCACCCUCGUGGUCAGCCUGGCCGACUUUGUGCGCAUGGCGGACAGGAAGAUCAUCGCCAACACGCUCUCCCAGCUCAAGCUGGAGCUGGACUUCGACAGCACGGCCAUCAGUCAGCUGCAGGUCGUGCUGUUCGGAUUCCAGGACGCUGUGAACAAAGUGCUGAGAAACCACAACAUCAAGCCUCACUGGAUGUUCGCUCUGGACAACAUCAUCCGUAAAGCCGUGCAGACGGCCAUCACCAUCCUGGUGCCAGAGCUGAGGCCUCACUUCAGUCUGGCCUCAGAGAGCGACGCCGCCGACCAGCAGGACGUGGAUGACGUGGACGACGACGGCGAGGCGGUGGGACGCUCCACCCACCAGAGCCGGGCACCUCCCGUCGCCGCCCACGACGACACGGUGGCGACGUCGGGCGUCAGCACGCUCAGCUCCACCGUGUCGCACGAGUCGCACCACGCGCAGCGCUCCGUGAGCAUGGAGCUGGGCCGGAUGAAGCUGGAGACCAACAGGCUGCUGGAACAGCUGCUGGAGAAGGAGAGGGAGUAUCAGGCCAUUCUGCAGCAAGUGCUGGAGGAGAGAGAGCAGGAGAUCAGACUACUGAGGCUGCGAUCUGAGCCCGCAGCAGACGUCCCCACGUCACCCUCAGAGGGACAGACACAGACGAGUCCACCUGCGGAGAGACGUGAAGACCCGGAGCUGAGCAGCUGGCUCAGGCUUCACGGUGCAGACCAGGACGCCAUAGACAAAAUACUGAACGAGGAGUAUACGCUGAACGACAUCCUCCACGAUGUGACAAGAGACGACCUGAAGACUUUAAGACUGAGAGGUGGGAUCCUGUGUAAACUAUGGAAAACCAUCACAGACUACAGACAGACGGCGACCUGAGGCCCCCGACAUGGCAGCGACCACUCAGAACCAGAAACCAGGACGUUUGUCGUCCCCCUCAGCUCAGUCUUCUUCUUCUUCUUCUUCUUCUUCUCUUUACCUCAGUAUUUAUAGAAGAGCUUUCAGACGUUCAGGAGAAGAAGAGUGUGAGAGAGAGAGAAACUCUCUGACCUGAGCGGCAGAGUCGUAGUAUUUCAUACCUUUUUGAUGAUGAAAACAAGGACUUUUGAGGUCCACAAUUACUGAGAAGUGCCACUCGUUUAUUUUGUUACAGGUGUUUUGAAAAAGAGAAUUUGUGGGAAAAGAAUCAAACGUUAAAACCUUUAAAAAAAACUAUUUUCUCCUGUCUUUAAGAGACGUUUACAGAACUGACCGUUUUUCUAACACAAGCCUGAGAUACAAAAAUACUACGUUCCAAAAACAUCACAUCACUACUUUAUUUAAAACGUUUUUUAUUUUAUUUAAUCUGUUUAGGUAAUCUGAAGGAUGUCAGCGCAUGCCCUGUUUGUUUUUUUUAAUCCGUACUAAGACUAAUUUAAUUUUUUGGUUGUUUUUGUUUCUCACAUUUCUUUUUUUAUAUCAAAAAAAAUCUCCAUUUGUUUUUUAUUUUUUUUCACAAACGUGUAAAUAUUGUGUUAUAAUAAUAAUUAUUAUGUGGGAAUCAAACAUAUUGAUAAACAUGAAUAACCUAUGACGAACACGUGAAAUAUUAAAUUUGAUAUUAUUAUUGUUAUUAUUAUUGUAUUUUCUAGUGUCAAAUGUCAUAGGAGGUUAACAUUUAGUUUGUGAAUUAACGUGGCUUCGGAUCAUUUUGUUCUGUUUUUAACUGUUGUUCGCUGACUAAACUAAAACUUGUGCCCGUGUGAUGCAGUCAUUCAUUCAGUCACAUUCAUGUUGUGAUGAAAAAUAUGAAAUAUGUCACAUGGAACAUGAUGAUGUCAAAAACAGUGGAGGGGAGAAACGAAAUCAUGAGCAGUGUUUGUUUUGUUUUGUUUUGAAAUUCAAGAUUCUUGUGUCAUUGUUUAAUAAAAAGUUUUCAUCUUGAAA